GCUGUCAGUAUAAAUGUGAUGCUUGUAGGAUGUGUUUCUCUCCGCGAUUUUCGAGGACGACCAGGCGUCCGUGGCAGCAGCAGGCCCAGCGAGCCCGGCGUCGUGAUGUGAUGCGAGCCAGCGGCUCCAGCGCCUGGGAAACGGCAAUGCGCGUCGGCUGACCGCCGCUCCUUCGACUAGCAGGCCUGCGAACCCCCGAGCGAACCUGACCCCUCGAGUGCGCGCCCCUAUACAGCAGCAGCAGGACCAGCCGUCGACUAUAGCCAGCGCCGCAGCCGUCGCGACCGUCCGCGAUCAUGACGUCAAGGCUGGACAGGCUAUUCAUACUGCUGGAGACUGGCACCAAUGCGGUCACCAAGCGAGCUGCUGCCCAGCAGCUGGGGGAGGCUCAGCGGCUACAUCCCCACGAGCUGCACCACCUCCUCGCACGAGUAUCCACACUUCUCAAGUCGACGCAAUGGGACACGAGGAUCUGCGCUGCCCAUGCGGUGCAGGCCAUCUUGUCACAAGUUCCAGUCUGGGACCCAGAACCCAGGAAGAAGGAAGUUUUUAUAGAAGAAGAGGAGGAUCCACCAGCACCAGCAAAACCAAAUCACAGACUGUGUCUGGAGAAUUUCGACAUGACCAGAGUGCUUGCCCAGAGCUCUUACCUCACAGGGUCUGAGGGCAGCGAAUAUGACCUUGUUGUUGUGGAAGGUGAAGCAGCCCCUGCUCAAGACGAGAGGGUACUUGCUGCAAAGUUAGGGCUCCAUCCCCGUCUCAUGGGUGUUGACACGGCUGAUCUUUUCACCUCGGAUGAUCUGGUUGUACCCGCACCCACCCUCGACCCAGGAAAGAUGUCCAUUGAAGAAACAUUGCAACAAACUAGUGGACUGAGCAGGCGGGAGAUGAAUCGAGCCCGUAGAAAAGCUAGACAAUCUAUAUCGAAGCAGCGCUCACGAGAACCAGAUGAUAAUUCAGAUGCUGGAAACAGCUCCAACUCAUCCCAUCAUAAUAUAGAAAAUGCAUGCAAGAAAAUUAAACUGGAAGAUGGUAGCAGUACAUCUGGAGCAUGGUACAACUCGAGCAGCGGUAGCGUUAUUGAUUCUAGAUGUGCUGUGCCAGAUGGAACAGGCGCAUGGCCAGAUACUGCUAUUGAUUGGCCUCUGGAAGCUUUCGCUGAAAAUCUUCUACAGGAUCUCUUUAGUUUGAAAUGGGAAAUCAGGCAUGGAGCAGCAACUGCUCUUAGAGAGUUCAUUAGACUACACGGUACAGGAGCAGGAAAAUCAAAGAAACAAACCGCUGAAGAAAUGGAGAAAAGUCAUAGACAGUGGCUAGUCGACGCUGCACUGCGUUUACUCUGUGUUCUAGGCAUCGACCGCUUUGGCGACUUCAUAUCCGACCAAGUAGUAGCUCCAGUUCGCGAGACCUGUGCCCAGGCUCUUGGCUCUCUCGUUCUCUUGAUAUCCGCAAAGAAGAGCAACGGCCAAGUGAAACUCGAGAAGAACGGUGAGACGACCGCCAACUCUGAAGAAAACGUUAACAAGAAUGACAUGGACGAAGCACGCAACAAAGAUAUCAUGGGCUUGCUAUCUGUUAUUCUGAAACUCUUAGAGCACAACGAAUGGGAGGCACGUCAUGGAGCGCUUUUGGCUCUUAAGUACCUGUUAGCAGUUCGCAGCGAUCUACUCGACGAAAUUCUGCCCAAAGCUUUUCCAGCUAUCAUGAGGGGCCUGGCCGACUCGGUUGAGGAUGUGGGAGCCAUGGCUGCAAGUGCCUUGAUCCCCGUCGCAUCCGAUUUGCCCAGGUUGCUCGACCCAGGGCAGCUCGAGGCGGUCGUUCUGAGACUGUGGCAACUCCUUAAGGACCAGGACGAUCUGGCGGCUGCCUGCAACAGCUUCAUGGGGCUUCUUGCUGCUAUACUUUCACUGCCAGCUGCUAGAGCAUCUCUGAAACCUCAACCAUUAUCAUUGAUAUUACCACGUUUGUGGCCAUUCCUAAACCAUUCGAGUUCAAGCGUGCGCAAGGCAACAUUACAGACAUUGGAAACGUUGACGGGCGACGUAAGCGAAUCGAGCGCAAGUCCGCGCGAGCGCUGGGGCGAAAACGGUGGCAUGGUUUUGCAAGAGGCCCUACGGAACGUAUUUCAGCGCGUACUGAUCGAACAUAUAGCUAACAUCCAAGAGGUAGCCGAACGUGUUUGGGAGAACCUUGUAACACGCAGUGACCUCGAACUACUAUUACACGCAGCCUGUCCUUUAGUUAGCACGUGGCUAUGUCUGGCUAUGCAACCGGAGCACGUACCAUUCAACCCGAAUCUUUUAAUCAAUAUCACAUCCCAGCGACCUAAAAGCAUUGGCAACUGCAUCGACAGUCAGGAGCAGCCGCCGACCAACAACACGUCUGCUUUGGCCACGACUGCUCCGUCCAAGCCCGCUUCAACGUCCGAGUUCAAAGUCUACAUUGGUGGUAUUGAAACUGUAGCCCAAAGCAUGAGACAUGCCAACGUUGUACGCGCUAGAUGCAUGGCCGCAAGAAUGCUCGGACUGCUGUCUGGUUACGUAGUCAAGCCGGCGCCCGGACUAGUGUACACGCCAGAGAUACCCAGUCCUGAGCUCUGCUACGCGAAGGUCCUCUUGGCGCAUUUGCAUUCGAGAUCGGCGUUGCAGAGAAUGCUCGCUGGAUUAACCAUGGCACACUGGGCUGAAUUAGAACAGGACAAUCCGCCCAAAAUACCAGAUAUUUUAAGGGAUCAACUUUUUGUUUGCCUCAAUGAGUGCAUCUACUAUGAUGAACUGGCCGGUUCGGUGAGUAGAUUGCUGCACGAAUGUCGUGACUAUACAGCAACGCUGAAGCACUACAAGUUAGCUUGGGCACUAGAGGUGAACACAACGGGUGUAAUGAACCUUGAGCAGAUAGCACAACUUGCUUCGAAGCCCGUACCUGGUCUCUGCGGUGGUCCGACAGGCUCUGCAGGGUCAAGUGGUCCAGCUCCUAAUCCCGUGGUAAAACUCAAGCCUAAGCUUCUCGAAAGCCUGGAGGAACGUCGCCGAGCACUAGAAGCUGGAGCUCUAUCAGCCGCAAGUCAACAGCAGGCGCUGCACGUGACAGCUAUGGCUGCGCUCGCCGGAGCUGCGACGAUGCUUCGAUGCUUGCCCGAACCACCGCAACCUCUCAAUCCACUCGUCAAGCCUCUUAUGGAGUCCAUCAAACGAGAGGAAGAUGAGGAACUACAGAAGCUUGCUGCCAAACAUCUCGCUAAACUGGUCGAUCUGUGCGUGAAUAGGAUGCCCUGUCCUAAUCAAAAGAUAGCAACAAACCUAUGCAAUUUCCUUUGCUCUGAUAUGGAAUUUACACCGCGUGUCACCACCUCAGAUUACGAAUAUGAGCCCUUCAAUGGCAUUUUGACAUUGAGCAUUCGACAGAAACAAGCCGAGAGAUUGGCUUAUGGACGAGGUAAUUCAGGCGGUAACAGUAGCAGUAGAGGACCCGGAAGGCCACCCGCCACUGACAUCCCGUUGGAAGAACUGCUCGCUUGUGAAGAGCCUGAAGCCAAAGCCGCUAAAAUUAGAAGACAAGGAGCUACAGUCGCCCUUACUGCCAUUGUAAAUUUAUUGGGAGAUCAACUGCCAACAAAACUGCCAAAAUUAUGGGAAUUGGCCUUACCAGAGUGUCUGAGAAACUACGAAAUUGUAAACGAAAACCAAAUUUCUGUUGAAGAAGCUAAUAACUUAGUAUUCAGUCUUCAAGUCUUAGAAACAGUACUGCCCAGUUUUGACCGAUCGCUUUUUCCCCCGAUAAUGGAAUGUUUAAACAGUAUGUGCCUACUGCUAGCUAAUCCGUACAAAACGGUGCGACACAUGGCAUCUCGUUGUAUAGCUACACUAGCAUCACUCAAUACAAAAGAGACCAUGAGCUUUGUAGUCAGUAAGAUAAUUGCUCUCUUGGAGACAAGCACCGUUGAGCCUUGUAAGAGUAAUUUAAUAGCUGCACCAAACGAAGUUGAUGCGCGCCGUCAAGGUGCUGCUGAAGCAUUAGCUUGUCUGGUCGAGUCCCUCGGUGUUGGUAUCGUGCCUUACGCCGUACUCUUUAUGGUUCCUCUUCUGGGAAGAAUGAGCGAUCAAAAUCAAGCAGUUCGCUUAGCCUGCAGCGCAACUUUUGCUACUCUCGUUGAACUGCUACCACUGGAUCCUGGUGCAAUCGAUGCACCUCAUCUAGUCGAAGAGAAAGCGCAGGAACGUCGUUUUCUUGAACAACUCUUGAACCCGCGCAGCAUUCCAGAUACAGAGCUUACUAUACCGGUGGAGGCCGAGUUGCGUUCUUACCAACAACAAGGUCUAAAUUGGCUAAAUUUCCUGAAUCGCUAUCAAUUGCACGGUGUUCUCUGCGACGACAUGGGUCUCGGAAAAACUCUACAGACCCUCUGUAUAUUAGCGUUGGAUCACCAUCGCAACAAGCAGGCGCCCUCAAGCCUCGUUAUUUGUCCACCCACUCUCACCGGACACUGGGUCUACGAAGCUGACAAGUUCUUCCAAACCAAAGAUCUGUCGGUCAUACAAUAUGCUGGCAAUCCGCUUGAGCGCGAAAGAUUGCGUUGUAGAGUAACUGGAUACAAGUUGGUCGUGGCGAGUUAUGAUAUUGUUAGAAAGGAUAUUGAGUUUUUCGAAGCGAUUCAGUGGAACUAUUGUGUGCUUGACGAAGGCCACGUAAUCAAAAACGGAAAAACCAAAAGUGCGAAAGCUGUUAAGAAACUUCACGCCCACCAUAGACUGAUCCUUUCGGGAACUCCAGUACAGAACGAUGUAUUGGAGCUUUGGUCGCUCUUCGACUUCCUUAUGCCCGGCUUUUUGGGUAGUGAGAAGCAAUUUGCCGCCAAAUAUUCCAGACCAAUUUUAGCCUGUCGAGAGCCAAAGGCGGGUGCAAAGGAGCAGGAAGCUGGAGCUUUAGCCAUGGAAGCUCUGCAUCGACAGGUUUUACCAUUCUUGUUGCGACGAAACAAAGAAGACGUAUUAAAGGAUCUUCCACCCAAAAUUACGCAGGAUUAUUAUUGCGACCUGUCGAUGGUGCAGAAAACGCUCUACGAAGAUUUCAAGCAAAAACAUUCAGCAGCUUUAAUUAACAAUGCAUCUUCGUCAAAUCCGCAUGGUGGACACGUAUUUGAAGCUUUAAGAUACCUACGAAAUGUUUGUAAUCAUCCAAAGCUAGUUCUUUGCACAAAACAUCCACAAUAUCAAACGGUAAUGAACAUGCUAAAACAACAGCAUAGCAGUCUCGCAGAUAUCGAGCAUAGCGCUAAACUACCUGCAUUGAAGCAACUUCUGCUAGAUUGCGGUAUUGGUCAAAACUCGACUCAACAGCAACAACAGCAAACAGCUGCACGCAACACCGCCAACAUUACUGAGAGUCAGCAACAAUCGCAGCUGGUCAGUCAACAUCGGGCUCUGAUCUUCUGUCAAUUGAAAGCUAUGCUUGACAUUGUCGAGCAUGAUUUACUCCGCAUGCAUCUGCCUACUGUGACGUAUCUUCGCUUGGAUGGAAGUGUACCAGCAGCCCUGCGUCACUCUGUAGUCGCACGUUUCAACGCCGAUCCUUCGAUCGACGUACUGCUGCUGACGACCCAAGUUGGUGGUCUCGGUCUUAAUCUUACUGGCGCAGACACAGUCAUUUUCGUUGAACAUGAUUGGAACCCCAUGAAAGACUUGCAGGCUAUGGAUCGUGCCCAUCGUAUUGGACAAAAGAAGGUAGUCAAUGUUUACAGGCUGAUCACUAGGCAGACCGUGGAAGAAAAGAUUAUGGGACUGCAGAAAUUCAAACUACUUACCGCUAACACGAUUAUAUCUACAGAGAACGCUUCUCUCGAAACCAUGAGGACGGAACAGUUGUUUGACUUGUUUUCGCUAGACAACGAUAAGAAACCUCGAAGUGAAAACGUAUCGGAAGAUAUGGAUGUUGCAAAAGUCUCCGGAAUAUCUGGAAUCAACCGAUUAGUUUUGCAGAUUUUACCGGAACUAUGGGAGCAACAGCAGUAUGAUGACGAGUACGAUUUGGAUUCAUUCCUUACAUCUUUAAAGGGUACCGCACAAUGAUCAAAGAAAACGCGAACACAUAAUCCUAAGUAGAAAAGCAUGUACUACCAUACACAUGUGAGUACGAAGCUUACGAAAGCUAGUUAAACAAAGCCACCGUUAUGUACAUACAUGGUAUUGCAGGCUUGACUCGUUGUAUCGAUGGGAUUCAUUUACUGAGCCAAUGAUUAAUUUUGUAUGCGUUAAUUGAAACAGCAACUCAAAGCUGUAUAUGACGUAAAAUUUUGAGCUAGUAGGCUACACAUUAUAAUUAAGUAUUUACAAUACAAGCACGAUGGUAGUUGACGUGUUAUGGUCUUUUAGUUUUAACAUUGUAAACAGUGUAAAGAUCUUGAACACUCACAAAAAAUUAGACUUUUUACAUAGCAUCAUGAUAAUUUAAUCAUCAUUCUACGCCAUUUGUUUUCAUAAAACGUUGCAAAUUAUUUAAACUUAUGUUUGCAUUAUGCUUGACGCGUGUCACUGUAAUUUUUGUUCAUUUUCAUAUGACUGUCCAAUGAAUUGAUGGGACAUAGGGAUCCAUGUUUUUUUUUUUCUUCUCAUUUUGAGAGAUUUGGCCGAUGAAUUUGACAGUUGUCUUAGAGGUGUAAGAAAGUUUUUUUCGUGACAGCUGCCUUCGUAAACAAUGCGUUCAAAACUUGCGCUUUCAUUGAUUUCAUUUACAUACCUAAUGCACAUGAAUGAAUUUCUAGUUGUGCAGCUCAGUUGUAACGAAAAAAGCAAUAACUAUUAAGAUAGUAAAAAAAGGGUUUUUUUACAAAGAAAAAUACUUACCGCAAUGCGCGUGAGUUUGAAAAGUUGAACAAGUGCGAAUGGAAAACUGAACUUUGAAAGCCGAAAAAUGGUAAAGACAAAGCGAGAAUGACGAAUUUUGUAAUGAAACUUAUUUCUCUCUUAAAACUUUGUUCUUUAUUUAUAAUAAGUUAUAAAAAGUGUCAGUAAGAUUAAAAUUUCGUAUUUGCUCGAAA